UCUGGAAAGGAGCUGAGGAAUAGAUUGUAUAGAUUUACAUGGAGGCUGGUCACAGUGGCUCAUGCCUGUAAUCCCAGCACUUUCGGAGGCCAAGGCGGCUGGAUCACUUGAGCUCCAGACAGACAGAAGAAAGGGACUCUUUUCAGUCUAGAAAAAUGCUCACCCCUUCCUCAGAACAUUUCCACUGUGACGAAAAGAGACUGAUGAAGCCUCAGAGAGAAAGGCAACUCUGGGUGGUGAUGCAAUAGUGCAGAAUCCAGAAUGGAUGUCCUCUUUGUAGCCAUCCUUGCUGUGCCACUUAUCCUGGGACAAGAAUAUGAGGAUGAAGAAAGACUGGGAGAGGAUGAAUAUUAUCAGGUGGUCUAUUAUUAUACAGUCACCCCCAGUUAUGAUGACUUUAGUGCAGAUUUCACCAUUGAUUACUCCAUAUUUGAGUCAGAGGACAGGCUGAACAGGUUGGAUAAGGACAUAACAGAAGCAGUAGAGACUACCAUUAGUCUUGAAACAGCACGUGCAGACCAUCCGAAGCCUGUGACUGUGAAACCAGUAACAACGGAACCUCAGAGUCCAGAUCUGAACGAUGCCGUGUCCAGUUUGCGAAGUCCUAUUCCCCUCCUCCUGUCGUGUGCCUUUGUUCAGGUGGGGAUGUAUUUCAUGUAGAAGGUGGAAGAAGGCUGCUAUGACUCUUUGGAUGGGAGUCUGGCAAGAGGAAAUUGGAAGAUAAAAUAAAUAAUAAGUGAAAUAA